GCGCCAGCGAUCCACAGACGUCGGCGGCAUCCGAGUCCAGCGAGGUGUAGUUGCACGAUGAAUCGGGACCAGAAGGACCAGCUUCGAAGGGUCGCUGACCUCCGCGAUGACUUCCGAAGGCACUUCGAUGCCGUUGCCGACUUCGUGGUCCGAGCCCCCGGAAGAGUGAAUCUCAUCGGUGAACACAUCGACUACUGUGGAUACAAUGUACUGCCCAUGGCAGUUCAACAGGAUAUCCUGGUUGCCGUGAAGCGCACAACAGGAAAAAAGAUCGAGCUGGAGAACACCGAUCCGAAAUACUCUGGCUUCUCUUGUUCGUCGGACGACUUCCAAAUCAACUCUUCGAAACCGCAAUGGACGGACUACUUUCUCUGUGGAGUGCGCGCCAUUCAGGAAAGGUUUCCAGAUGUCUCAAGGCCUGGCUUGCGUCUACUGGUUCGAGGGAAUGUGCCUCCCGCAGCCGGCAUGAGUAGCAGUAGUGCUCUCGUUUGUGCGGCGGCUCUUGCCUCACUCCACGCCAUCGGGAAGGAUCUCCCGAGAGAAGAGCUGGCGUCGUUGUGCGCGAAAUGCGAGCGAUACAUCGGAGUUCAGGGCGGAGGCAUGGAUCAAGCGAUUUGCCUGCUGGCGGAACAGAACUGCGCCAAGCUCAUCGAAUUCGAGCCCAAGCUCACAGCGAGCACGAUCGAGCUGCCGCUGGAGGCGGUUUUCGUCGUAGCCAACAGUUGUGUUGAAAUCAACAAGGGCAACACUUCGUUCUACAAUAUACGGGUUGUGGAAUGCAGAUUGGCAGCUCAGGUUAUGCUCAAAGUUAGCGGGAAAGAAUGGAACAAACCUGUGCGACUCUGUGAUCUCCAAAACGCGCUACGGCUGAACUUGGAAGACGUCGCGAGCGAGACGGAAAAACUCCUGCACGAAGAACCGUACACGAUCGAAGAGCUGAGCGAGUUAUUCGAGAUGGAGAAAAGCGAGUUCGUUCAGUGGGCUCUUUCAGAGAAAACGAAACACGUGGGGAGCUUCAAAUUGCGAGCGAGAGCACUGCAUGUAUUCCGAGAAGCGCACAGAGUUUAUCGUUUCAAAGAUGCCUGUCUCGCCAAUCGUAUUGAAGAAAUGGGCAAAUUGAUGCAAGAAAGUCAUUCCAGCUGCCGGGAUUUGUAUGAAUGCUCGCAUGAAAUGUUGGACAAAAUCGUGUCGCUUAGUUUGGCGCAGGGUGCUCUCGGAUCCAGGUUGACCGGCGCGGGGUGGGGCGGCUGCGCGGUGUCGCUCACGACGGCUGACAGAGUCAGCUCUAUAGUGAACACACUCGAUCAGGACUUCUAUCAACCGAGAGGAUUGACCGCGGAAGGAAACGUCUUCAUAUCGACGCCGGCUGAUCGGGCGAGGAUAUUCGACUGA